AUGCACCUUUCAAGCCUACCUUUAUGCAUUCGUCCCUCUCACCUCUUUCGCUCAUUCCAUAGCUCCGUUGCGGCAGCCAAGACUCCCGAUGUCUUUGCCAACAGCCUCCGAAAGACCUUAGAAGCCCAUCGGUCCACCAAUCGAUCUCGUUUGAUACGCAAAAUUUACCCCAUUGAUGAUCCGCCGGGGCUCUGGCGACCUGAGAUUCCACCUGAAAGUCGCGCCGACUACCAACCACCCGCAGAGCCAGCGCUACCGAAUUCGGAAUAUUCACCUGAUACUCCCGAUCCGGUGUCUAAAAGACGCCAGAAAAAGCGCAAAAGUCAUGUGGAUAUACCAUCUCACCAAUCAUUCAUUAAUCGCCAUGGAGAAAAUCCGAUUCAACCUGCAGGAACAGGUCGUCCGGCACAGAAUCCCUGGCUGAGAAAUUUGGAGCUGCCUCGUGCCAAUGCUGAGAUCACCCUGGAUGCGGAAAUUCGAGCAUUGGAUCAAUACCUGACCCCAAGAGCCCAGGAACAAGAUCGCGUAGAGAAGCUCAGGAUAGAGGUAGCUUCACUUCUCAAAGCAGUGGUCCCGCAUGCCCCAAGAGUGAUUGGAUCCCACUGCACGGGCCUUGUACUGGCGCACUCCGAUCUUGACUUUAUACUACCAUAUGAAGACCUUCCUAGGUCACUAGAACGUGAUCGAAGACCGAGCCCCACGCGGCCUCAGAUCCAAGAUGCGCACAUCCGCCUCCUGCGUCAAGUCCAAAGAGCUCUACAGCACACCGAUACAUUCGGCGACCAUGUCAAACUAUCUGACAAGCGAAACCCCUCGCUAUCCGCUCGCCACCGGCCGACUGGACUGUUGCUAGAAUUUUAUUGUGGCGAGGGUAUCCCUGCGAUCACGGAGUAUCUGCAAGAUUAUCAGGCCGAAUAUCCUGCCCUGCGACCGCUGUACGCAGUAACACGCACAUUGCUAGAGGCGCGUGGUCUCUUUGGCUCGCCACAGGCGAGCAUUGGACCGGAUGCGCUAGCCAUGCUCAUCGUGGCAUUUUUGAAGAUGAACCAUGGCCGGUUCCCCGGGCCCAAUAAUUUGGGUAACCAGUUCCUUGCUCUUCUACAGUUCUAUGGCACUCAGGUUGACCUCCAGUCUGCCGGGGUCGCCGUGGAUCCUCCGGGUCUUUUCGGCGCAGACAUGUUACCUGUAGCUUCCGAUGAUGAACCUGCCCACCAGCGCGGUCAACGUUCGCUGAUCAGUGCCAAGCGGACCGCUGCGGCGAAGCGAAAUUUGAUUGUUGCGCAACGAUUAUGCAUACAAGACCCUACCCAUUACAUGAAUGAUCUAGGCCGGUCGUGUACACGGACUUUCGAGUUGCAGAGUGCAUUUGCAGCUGCGCAUCAGCAGCUUCGUCACGCGUGCGAUGAAUGGGAAAGUGAUGGCAAUAUUAAAAGUUCAAGUGUCCUUGCCACUACUCUACAUGCUAAUUUUGAUGGGCUAGAGAACGUGCGCAAUCAACUCGCGUACCUCUAG